GCAUUUAAGAGCUCUGGUGCAUUUUACUUAAGACUUGUUGGAACAUCGCUGGAAAUUUACCAAUAUCUUGAACCAUUGUUAAAUGAUUAUCGAAAGUUGAGAAAACGAACAAUCAAUGGUGGAUUCGCAAUUACACACAUGGACGAAUAUGAACUAUUACAUGAAGACAGA